AUGCGGGACUAUGAUGAGGCGAUCGACUUUCUGGGCGAGUGGGGGCCCUUUCAGCGCCUCAUCUUCUUCCUACUCAGCGCCAGCAUCAUCCCCAACGGUUUCAAUGGUAUGUCAGUCGUGUUCCUGGCGGGGACCCCGGAGCACCACUGCCGGGUGCCGGACUCUGCGAACCUGAGCAGCGCGUGGCGCAACCACAGUAUCCCGCUGAGACUGCAGGACGGCCAGGAGGUGCUCCACAGCUGCCGCCGCUACAAGCUUGCUACACUCGCCAACUUCUCGGCGCGCGGUCUGGAGCCAGGGCGCGACGUGAACCUCACGCAGCUGGAGCAGGAGGGCUGCCUGGACGGCUGGGAGUUCAGCCAGGACGUCUAUCUGUCCACCAUCGUGACCGAGUGGAAUCUGGUGUGUGAGGAUGACUGGAAAACGCCCCUCACCACCUCCCUGUUCUUCAUAGGCGUGCUUUUAGGCUCCUUCGUGUCUGGGCAGCUGUCAGACAGGUUUGGUAGGAAGAACAUCCUCUUCACAACCAUGGCUGUGCAAACUGGCUUCAGCUUCCUGCAGAUUUUCUCCAUCAACUGGGAGAUGUUCACUGUAUUAUUUGUCAUCGUGGGCAUGGGCCAGAUCUCCAACUAUGUGGUGGCCUUCAUACUAGGAACAGAAAUUCUUGGCAAGUCAGUUCGUAUUAUAUUCUCUACAUUAGGAGUGUGCACAUUUUUUGCAGUUGGCUAUAUGUUGCUGCCACUGUUUGCUUACUUCAUCAGAGACUGGCGGAUGCUGCUGCUGGCGCUGACGGUGCCGGGAGUGCUGUGCGUCCCCCUGUGGUGGUUUAUUCCUGAAUCUCCCCGGUGGCUGAUAUCCCAGAAAAAAAUUAAAGAAGCUGAAGAUAUCAUCAGAAAAGCUGCAAAAAUGAACAACAUAACUGUCCCAGCAGUGAUAUUUGAUGUGGAGCUACAGGAGCUAAAAUCUGUGAAGCAUGAGAAAGUUUUCAUUCUGGACCUGUUCAGGACCUGGGAUGUUGCCAUAAUAACAAUUAUGUUUUUAUUGCUGUGGAUGCUAACUUCAGUGGGUUACUUUGCUCUGUCUCUCAAUGCUCCUAAUUUACAUGGUGAUGCCUUCUUGAACUGUUUCCUCUCUGCCUUGAUUGAGAUCCCAGCUUACAUUACAGCAUGGCUGCUGCUGCGAACCCUGCCCAGGCGUUAUAUCAUAGCUGGGGUACUAUUCAUGGGAGGAGGUGUGCUUCUUUUAAUUCAAGUCGUUCCUGCAGAUUACUACAUCUUUUCUAUUGGUCUAGCGAUGCUGGGAAAAUUUGGGAUCACCUCUGCUUUCUCCAUGCUGUAUGUCUUCACUGCAGAGCUCUACCCCACCAUGGUCAGGAACAUGGCUGUGGGUAUCACAUCCAUGGCCUCCAGGGUGGGCAGCAUCAUCGCUCCCUACUUCGUUUACCUCGGUGCUUAUAAUAGAAUUCUGCCCUACAUCCUCAUGGGUAGUCUGACUGUCCUGAUUGGAAUCCUAACUCUUUUCUUCCCUGAAAGUUUUGGGACAACUCUGCCAGAGACCUUUGAGGAGAUGCAGAAAAUGAAAGGGUAA